GGGCUUGUUCACGUGCACUGCGCUCGUAAAUUGCGGUAUUUCUGACAGCACAGGAAGGCAACACGGCUCCGUCCUCCCCAUCAUCAGCAGUCCGAGCAACAACAACCCGCCUCAAAACACUCAGCGGACAACUUCAGCCGCUCUCUGUGCCCUAAAACACCGACAUGGAUGCCCUGAGGUCGGCUGGAAGAGCUAUUAUCCGGAGUCCGAGUAUGGCGAAACAGUCCUGGACGGCCGGCAGACACAGAAAGCUCCCAGAGAACUGGACUGACACAAGGGAGACAAUCCUAGAGGGCAUGACCUUUAAUCUUCGUCACCUCGGCAUGACACUAGUGGACCAGCCCAAGGGUCAGGAGCUAUCAGCAGCUGCUGUAAAAAGGAUUGUUGCCACGGCUAAAGCCAGUGGGAAGAAGCCUCAGAAGGUUGCUCUUAAGGUUUCCCCUCAAGGAAUAGUCUUGUACGACAGUUUGACCAAUAAACUCCUGGAAAAUGUCUCCAUAUACAGGAUAUCCUACUGCACAGUGGACAAAUUGCACGAUAAAGUGUUUGCUUAUAUCGCUCAAAACACCCUCAAUGGGACCCUAGAGUGCCACGCCUACCUCUGCUCAAAGAGGAAAGUGGCUCAGGCAGUGGCUUUGACAGUAGCACAAGCUUUCACAGUAGCUUUUGAACUCUGGCAAGUAGCCAAAGAAGAGAAAGGGAAAAGAGUCAAAUCUGGUUCAGCAGGAGAGGCCAGCAAUAGUUCAGAUUCAGACCGAUCCAACAGCCCGGGGAGCCUGAAAGGAUCGGAUGCUGCUACAGACAACUUGUUGGACCUUGUGGACAGUGUUAAUGGGCUGGAGACCAAUGGGAAUGUAGAAGAGGAUGAGCUGGAUAACCACAGGUCUUCAGAGACCAAUAACAACCCAGCGUGGGAAAUAGAAGAUGGCUUGGAUGAAGCUUUCUCUAGCUGUGCUCUGGAUAGCUAUGGUUCAUUUACAGACUGGCAGUGUCGCGUACUAACCCCCAGGUCCUGGACAUUGGGGUGACGCCCCAAGACUGGCUGACCGAACCGGACUGGGACUGCACUAACGAAAACACUCCCAUCAGCCCGUUUGGCGACGACAUCUUCGGCUUCUGACCAGCGCAGCGCAGAGCGGCACAAAGAACAACGACAGUGGGCGGGAGGGCAGGCGUUAAUAUCUACCAUGAAUUAACAAGACAUCACUGUGUAUUUAAGUCCAGGUUACAGUAAGUCCAUAAGGGAAUAAGUGUGAAACUGUGAGAUGCAGCUUGACCUCUUCACCUUUAUGUUGCACUCUUUAUUUGGACAUACUUUUCCUCUUGGUGCACACCAAAGCAAUAAUAUGAGCAUCUCUCCUGUUCUGUUACUACUCCUCAAACCUGCACAUAUCUCCGUUUAUUUUCUCAGCAUUUGUUGUCCUUUUUGUUUACUGUGGUGAAACCUAAUUUCCUUUAGUUUUGGCAUCAUAAUCAGUGUUUUUUGUAUGUGCUUAGUUAUAAUUUAUAGUUUUAUAAUUAUUUUUUUAUUGAUAAAACAAAAUAAAAGUAGGAUUUAAUUUAGACUGAUGUACAGAUUAUCAACAGGCCUUAAUGACAGCAGGACAAUCAGUUCCACUCGGCUGGAAAGUUAGAAAAAAACAAAACAAAUCAGUGUUUAGACAUCACCGUGAGGAUUUGGCACUGCCGCCACCUCAGAUAUAAAUUGGAGGUUCUCUCAUGUCUAAAACUUUAAAAUCAGUUUUGUAUUUAUAUGAAAUCUACGUUCCAGUGGCUCAUUCAAGACCAGACUGUUCCAGGCAUGUUUCCCUGCAGUGGAACGGUUUUCUCUGGAAUGAAGUUCAUUUGUGUUCAAGGCUGUCAGAACCAUGUUAUGGCCAUUUUGUAAUUAUGCUAUAAUUUACCAGCAUUAUACAGAAUAAAAAUAUAUUCAUGAAUAAGAAGCCAGUUUUGUUUUAUUAUCAAGUUUGUUGAUGAACAAGUGUAUAAAUGAUCCAGAUGUUUUAUCCUGACAGACCACUUACUAUUUACAAUACUUAUUACAUCACUUUUUUUUUUGUAUAAUUGAACCUUUAUAUCAAUUUAUGGCUUGUUCUGCUGUUAGAAUAACAAACGGUAUGAUAUAAUUACAUUUCAUGUAUGAUGAUAGUGUUUUACUUGUAAAUAUUCAUUAUUUAUUUAUAUCCUCCAGAGACCCAGGAAAGUGGUAGUUUUAGCUUUUUUGCAU